GUUAGAUCCAGAUAUCGAGACUCUUACUUUGAUCUCUAUAUCGAAUCUAUUUGACUGCAUUCAAUCAACCGUCCACUUUCAACAGCCUCAAUCAACUCCGCAACGCCCAUCCUCAAUCAUGGCCCCCGCAGCCACUAUCCCCGCAGUAAGCGUCACGGCCAGCAUCAAGCCAAAGGAAGCGUCGCACACCAACCAUGGCCAAGAACUCGCCAACAAGACGCCGCUGCAGGCCAUGUCACACGGCGAUGUUGUCCUGCCUGGAAUCCCGACGCACCCUGAUUUUGCCUCCCACCGCAAGUGGCAGCUCGAGCACAUGACGGCCGCCUUUCGCCACUGGCAUCGCGAGGGCUACGUCGAAGGCAUGAGCGGCCACAUCUCGGUUCGCGAUCCCGAGUUUCCUAACGCGUUCUGGACAAAUCCGUUGGGCCGUCACUUUGGACUGCUCAAGGUCAGCGACAUGAUCCUUGUGAAUUUGGACGGCGCCGUCAUCGGCGGCAAUCGUACACGUCCUCCCAACACGGCCGGGUUCCUCAUCCACGCAGCAGUCCACAAGGCACGCCCCGAUGCCCACUCCAUCUGCCACUGCCACAGCGUCUACGGCAAGGCGUGGUCAGUCUUCGGCCGGCGCCUGGAAAUGCUGACCCAGGACUCGUGCAAGUUCCGCGGCGACGCCCAUAGCGUCUACAACAGCUACGGCGGCGUUGUCCUGGGAAGCGAAGAGGGUGAUCGCAUCGCGGAGGCCUUGGGGCCGAAGGGUAAAGGGUGCAUCUUGCGAAACCAUGGCCUGCUGACUGUUGGAAAGACGGUGGAUGAGGCGGCGUUCCUGUUUACGUCGAUGGAGGCCUCUUGUCGCGUGCAGCUUCUAGCGGAGGCAGCGGCUGCGAACGGAUCUCCGAAGGUCCUCAUCACUGAUGAGGAGGCCAAUUUCAACUUUGAUGUUGAGAGUGACCCGGAAAUCUGCUAUUGCGAGUUCCAAGUAUACUAUGACUUGGAGGAUGAGCUGUCUAAUGGAAGCUUCAAGAACUGAGUCAUUUCAUGAGUUACACUGAGCUAGUUGGAUAUAUACGCUGGACUGUGGAUCAAUGCUUAAACCCAACUCCAAGAUGGCAACUGAGAUCCCUAAAG